UUUUCCUUUUUUUCUUGCUUUCCUCAGCUUUAAUAAUCUCACCAGAAAGAUCCAUCGCUCCUCGGGACGACGACCCCCCGUAAAUUACUACUCCUCUUCGUUACCCCCCCAUACGAAGUUCGUUUCCCCGUGGUAUUUCAACCCUCCCUGCUCCUCCCGUAGUAUCGCCAAUUUUUAUCCCUCUCAUCUGCCACUUUCUCCUCUUCUUUCUUUCUUUUUUUUUUUCUUUUACCUCGUGCAGCAUAUAUUAUAUCAGACAUACCCCUCGGGGCGUAUGCUCUCGAAUUUACUGCCCUGUAUAUGAUAUUUAUUUUCUUCUUGCUUGCCCAUGACCGUACUUAGCGUACCAAGUUCCAUUUGAACCCUCGCGCACAUUUCCGCAGCUUGCAAAGUCACCGUCGUCACCUGCGCACACCUUGCUGCCUGAGGCAACAUUACGGCUACCACGCACCACACUUUUUUUCGCCGCCGACCUCAAUCCCACGUCGUCUUUUCAAAAUAGAAAUCAGCGAGUUCUUACGAGCGCAUCGGUUGCAGUUCCGCAGCUUUGGGCUUCGUGCGAGCUACGCUCGCCUUCUCCUUCUCAUAUCCCACCGGGGAAUCGACUGAAUCUCCUCUACCUCCGGUCUCGCACUCGCUAUCCUCCUCUUCUCCCUUCUCCCCCCCCCAAAAGAUCCACCGCACAUGACUCCGCUUUCUCCCUCACCUGUUCCGUCCGCAGUCUCCUCCGCCGCAAAUUCUCAAUAUUCACAUGACCACCGGGAUGGAGACCCUUCGGUAACACGAGCCCUGGCGGGCAUGAAUCUGUCCGCGCCGAACGGAGACACCCUCCCUCCGCCGCACUCACCGGCCACGAAGCCUACCACUAAAGGCAACAUGGCCUCUCGACUUUCCCGCAUGUUCUCGAGCUCGGGGAAGCAAACCCCGACUCGCGAUCACGAUGUUGCCCACCGCGAGCUGUCAGAUAGCAGUAUGGAGAGCGUUCAGCCACUAAAUGGCAAGGAAGUGUCCAACUCGAAGACCUCGUCUCGCGCAAACUCGAGACCCUCCUCUCGCGCCCCCUCCCGACAACCCUCGCUCAAAAAUGAGCCCCUCGACAACCAGAAGAAGAAGCCGGUCAAUUCAAAGGACCAAAAGGAUUGCGCCCCGACCCACAAGCGCUUCGAGAUCCUUCCCGAGGGCACUGGCACUCACGUCCAUCACCUUCGAAGCGCCCGACGACAGGAGAAGCUCACCGACCUCCUCCGAGACAUGUUAGGCGGUGGAAGGAAAAAGGGUGACGACCAGCCCGAUGAGCAGCAGUUGUCCCUCAUGUCGACCUGGAUCGACCAAUUCAAAACUGAGCGCGAUAAGAUGGCCGCCGAUAAGAAGGGUGGGCCCAACGCGACUGCCACCUUGGUGGACAAAUAUGGCAAAUGCCAGGAGAUCGUUGGCCGUGGUGCAUUCGGUAUUGUCCGUAUCUCCCACAAGGUGGAUCCUGCAGACUCCAAGUGCGAGCAACUCUAUGCUGUCAAGGAGUUCCGCCGCCGACCUCAGGAAACCGCCAAGAGGUACCAAAAGCGAUUGACCUCCGAAUUCUGCAUUUCCUCCUCCCUUCGCCACCCCAACGUUAUCCAUACUCUCGAUCUGCUGCAAGAUGCCAAAGGCGAUUAUUGCGAGGUCAUGGAGUACUGCGCUGGCGGUGAUCUCUACACCCUUGUCCUGGCAGCAGGCAAACUAGAAGUCGCCGAGGCCGAUUGCUUCUUCAAACAAUUGAUGCGAGGCGUCGAGUAUAUGCACGAAAUGGGUGUCGCCCACCGCGACUUGAAACCCGAGAACCUGCUGCUGACCACCCAUGGCGCCCUGAAGAUUACCGACUUCGGCAACGGCGAGUGCUUCAGGAUGGCUUGGGAAAAGGAAGCACACAUGACCGCCGGUCUCUGCGGAUCUGCGCCCUACAUUGCUCCGGAGGAGUACAUUGAGAAGGAAUUUGACCCUCGCGCCGUAGAUCUGUGGGCCACCGGCGUGAUUUAUAUGGCAAUGCGAACGGGCCGUCAUCUCUGGCGCGUGGCGCGUAAGGACGAAGACGAGUUCUACCAGCGCUAUUUGGAGGGUCGGAAACACGAAGAUGGAUAUGCGCCAAUUGAGACGCUGCAUCGGGCCCGUUGCCGCAACGUGAUCUACUCUAUCCUCGAUCCGAAUCCAUCCCGCCGUAUCAAUGCCUCUCAAGUCCUCAAGUCUGAAUGGGUACGACAGAUUAAGUUGUGCAAGGCCGGUGAAGAAGGGUUUUGAUCCAUCGGCCUGCACUUUGAAUAGGCGGGCUGACGAACGAAACGGCAAGAAAAACAGCAUUGCCGUAUUAAGUCAUUCCACUCGGAGAUUCCGAGGAUCGAGCAAAAAUGCCAGAGUAGAAUGAGGACAGGUUGAGAUUGGUUCCCCCUUAUUCUUUCUUGUAUUCCCUGGACAAAUUAAAGGAAGGCUAUUUGGACACGUCUUUCUUUCAUGGAUAUUUGUCACCUACCUGUUGUUUCUUAUGGAAGACCACGGAGGGAGGAACUCUGAACCUUUUACUAUACUCCUGAUAGAACAGGGAGGCUCUUUUUGACUUGACGUGUUUCUUUAUCUCCUCCCGAUCCUAUCCACCCCCCUUCUGGUCUCGUCCUUUCCUCGUCUCUUUUCUCCGUCCCAGAUUAACGUCCAUUGUUUAUGGUCAUUUGUUCCGGCGUAUAUUGGUUAUCAACCCUUUCAAUCAUUGUUUCAUCGCUUAGCUGGGUUGUAUCAUCUGUUUGGGACAAUUUGCGACUUGCCAUGGAUUUCUACGCCAAUGCAACGAAGACUCAUGACUUUUUCUUUAUCUCUCUCCUCUCUACCUAUCUUUCGGUACUAGUGGGUUUUGUUUAUUGCCAGGGCGGGUUGGAUUGAUUCGUUAGGCGUUGAGUGGUAUAUUCUGCUUCGGGAUGUUUCGUCGUCGUUGUGGUUCAACCUCACCUUUAUGAUGACAUGGGUCAUGACUACUCAACUGAAUAUGGCCAGUAACGGCGAUGGGUGUCGGAGCUGAGAAUGAUGGAUGAUACAGUAUAGUCAUCAUUGCGUUCCAAGUCCUGCUUCAUCACCUGCUUACGUGAACCAUUGACUCUGUAACAGAUCAUUUACGUCUUGCCUGGGACGAUAGCGACUGUAUAAGACGGACACUUUUCAUUUUCACUCAUUUGAUUCGAGAUAUCGGGCAUUUACAUAUCAUGAUGCAUAUUGUAUAUAGGCUCAAUAUCAGAUUGGAUUCUCAAAUUGACCGCUACAACCUUCGCCGUUAAAGUUUGUAUAGCAUUAGCCAGCACAAUCCAACCUGAUAUACAACACAACGAUGGACCCAAU